AGUACAGUCAGUUCCGAGUUGAAAGUCGAGUAGACAGUGUGUGUGUAUCUGAUGCUACACUAUCAUGGUUAAAGAUCGCUUAUCAGCUUUGCAGGCGGCUGUCAAGGAAUGGGAGGCCGACAACCUGGGCCUCGACCUGGACGACCAGGACUAUGGCAUCACCAACUACGCCGUCGAAAUCGACCUAGAUGAGGAGGCGGGAUACAUGGAAAGGUUCUUCAAAGAGGUCAAACAAUCCCGCGAUUGGAUUAACACGAUAGUCCUGAACGUCGCGGAGAUCAGAAACCUGCACGGCAACCUGCUUUCUUCUCCUCGACCAGAUGAGACAAUGAAAGCAGAGCUAGAUGUGCGCACAGACACGAUCAAGCAGCUGGCCAAACGCGUCAACUCUAACCUGAAAUCGCUUGAGAAGCGGAUUUCGCAGGAGGAGGAAGACCUGUCGGAGGGCGAUCCUGUCCCUGCUGGGCUGAGGAUACGUCGCACGCAACAUGCAACGACGUUGCACCUAUUCGUCCAAGCGGUGACAGAGUUCAACCUUGAGCAGGUCGACUACAAGGAGAAAUGCGAGGAGAGGAUACACAGGAUAGCCUCUAUAGCAAAAGCGGAAGUCUCGGACGAGAAACUAGAAGAGCUGUUGGAACAAGGGAAUUACGGAUCAAUAUUCAAUAGCGAUAUAAUAACGGAAACACAAGAAGCGAGGAGGGCCUUAGAAGACAUCCAAAUACGACACGAGGAACUUCUAAGGCUCGAGAAAUCCAUCAAGGAGCUGCGAGACUUAUUCGUGGAAAUGGCGAUUCUCGUCGAACAGCAAGGAGACCUGAUAAACAGCAUCGAGCACCAUGUCCUGGAGGCUGGGGAGGCCGUAGAGACAGCUAAAGUGCAGACCAAGAAGGCCAUCCGAUACAAAGGAAAAGCGAGAAAAAAAAAGAUCAUCUUGUUGGUGAUAGCUCUUGUUUUGAUAUUGGCACUUGUCGCUUAUAUCUACUUCAGCUUCAUCAAACCUUGGAUUGGCAACUCUGGCUCAGGCGACUCUCCGAGAUCUGUCACCACCACCACGGACUACAACCACAACCACAACCACAACCACAACCACUGUUGCUCCUCCACGGGCUGUACUUAACUACAGUGAUGACAACUCCACAUCCCUUGCUGACUCGCCUUCUUCGUUAUAGUUUACCAAAUUCUGCACCAAAAAGAUCUGACAACAACCACUGCUGCCCCCUCUCCCCCCUCCACCAAUACCUGACAAACCAAGGACAGAAGAAUUCACCCCUAUUGUGACUCAUCAUUAUUAAAUUUACCACCCACAAAAAUCUAUCAAAUCUGUUCCCACAAGAUUUGUUAAUUUACUCAAUUUUAACAUUUUUAAUGUUACUGCAAAUUUUGCUUUCAAAAGUCCAAUCAUACUACUUCUAUUUUUUACCAUAUAUAUUUUUUAACUGUUUUACGUAUUUCAAAAAAACCCUACAAUUUUAAAUUUAGGUGAGAUAUUUCCUUUUGUUAGAUAUCUCGUGGUUUUGUUUAAAAUCAAAAGUUAUUGAUCUUUGUGAAAUUAAUUUCCAAAUACAUUAGUGUGAUAGACAAGUAUGCUUUCCAACACAAUAAGAAUAUCAAUGAGAUUUAAAAUGCAUUAGAGUAUUUAAAAUUUUUUAUUAAUAAAGUAUACAAGUUUUUAAACUUGUUUAACACUUUUAAGCCACAAUCGGAUAUAUUGGAUUGUGCUAUACGGAAGUCUUACCAGCCAGUCCAAUAUCGGACCAAAGUCUUUACUUUGUUUCGUGAUUUUUGGAUUUUUCACGUUUUGUAGAGGUUUCUAAGACUGUACAAUGAACCUAAUAUCUAAAUGUACAUUUUUCAAAGUAAGAACUGAAAAUUUUGUAAUGCAUGUUACAAAACCUUAACAAAACCCUAACAAAAUGAAAGUCACUUGACAGAAAACUUUUUACAC